AUAGAUUUACGCCCGAAAUUGUACCGGUGAUAGGUGGUGAACCAGGGCUGAACGAAAAACGGACGACACAUCCCAACAGAAUAUUGGAAUAUUUGUGAAAUAUUACUAUUUUGAUUUUAAGAAUACAGAUACACGGAUGGAGUGGUGUUUUAACUUUUUAAUGUUUAGACCGUUAAUAUCAUAUCGCUGUCGAGGAGCAGACGUUAAGCUGGAUUAAUCCGCGGAAAGAAACACGGAAAUUGUUCCGGAUCGCAACUGAUCCUCAAUUUAACUCAACGAAAUGACCUGUAAUAUAAAACUCACCUUGAAAUACCGGUCCGAUUCAUCAUUGGAAAGUAUCCGAACACCUUCAGAAAGUCUUGGAGGCAAUCUGCAAUUAUACGGAUGAAUUUCAUUCUCAUUUCAGCCCAUUCCUGAUAAAGUUUCGGCUAAAAACAUAACAUGUCUGUAGACGCAGUAGAGUUGGACGUGAGUGCCGUCGGGCCAAAUCACAGCGGGCCGUCACCCGGAGGGACGUCGGGAAGGAGGCCCAGACCUCAACGGGCCUACACGGCUGAGGAAGACGCUCUCACAGACAUUGCAAAACAGGCGGAGAGCAAGUUGGCUCAGAGAAGGCAGGCGAGGGCAGAGGCCAGGAAAAUCAGAAUGCUGGAGUUGGAGAAAGUACAAAAGGAAGCUGAUGAAAAAAUGGAUAUAGAAUACAAAAUACAACAGGAAGAGAAAAAGAUUCAGCUCAAAGAGCCACUGAGUUCUAGACAGAAAUGGCACCAUCGCCGAACCUCCCUUCAGGUGCCGAUGGGUACUUCAAGUAAUAUGAGGAUGAGUAUGUUAACGAAACAAGCUGAGAUGGUAGUAGCAGCAGGAACAGGUGGCUCUGGUAGCAGACCGUCAUCUCGGAGAGGCAGUAACGAAUCCAUCGAGCAUGAUCUUUUAAAGGGGUCAGCAAACGGGGAUGAGGUCCAGUCUGAAUCCCAAACGGGAGGAUUGGACUUGGAAGAACAAGAGUUACUGAAGGAUGCGGUUGCUGAUCUGGAAGAGAAGUACAAGAAGUCGAUGAUGACCAACGCCCAGCUGGACAAUGAGAAGUCCACCCUGGUCUACGAAGUGGACUGUCUCAAGGAUGUCCUGGCAGAUCAGGAGGAACAUAUGAUGGAACUGAGCAGAGAAGCCAGAGAUAAACAUAGAGACUUAGAAUCCAAGAAGCGUGAGAGUGUAGGAUUAAAGAGAGAAGUAGAAAUUCUGAGGGAAAUGGUGGAACAAAGAGAUCAACUCAUUUCAGAACAUGGUCUAUUACUAGUAGGAGAAGAGAAAGACGGUGACUCGUCUAAACCUGUGCAAGCGAAGGUCGGAACCAUUGUGGUCGUGUCGCCCGAGGCAGCGGAACUCCUGGAGAUGGUCGGUGACGGAGCCCUUGAUGUCAGGCUAAAGAAAUUUGUGGAGGAGAGGAAAGAACUUCUAGAGCAGAUCAGAAAACUCAAAAUUGAUCUGGAGGAGUCCAAAGAGAGAGCAGAGAAUGCUGAACGAAGGAGAGCAAACCCAAUUACAAUAAAUGGACCAGAUUUAGAUGCAGUUGAUGUACAAAGAGAAGCAACGAAACAAGUCGGUGAAUACAAGUUCAAGCUACAAAAAGCAGAACAGGAUAUCACAAAUCUAGGAGGACAGGUUGUCAGACUUGAAGGACAGGUCAGAAGAUAUAAAACAUCAGCGGACGUAGCAGAAAAGAACGAAGAAGAUCUUAAACUAGAAAAGAGAAAAAUGUCAAGAGAGCUCCGAGUAUUACGGGAGAAAAUUGAGGAGAUGGAGACUUCAAACACGCAUUUACAGAAACGAUUGGAUAAAUUCAUCAAAAGAAAGCCAGAACACUGAUGGCUGUUUAAUAUAUUUUAAGCUUGUAUUUAAUCUUCAGAGUACAUAUGUCCUUCACUUUCAGAGCCAUGUUAACUCAACACUCUGUAACACUGUUCUGAGUAAUGUUAACUCAACACUCUGUUACACUGUUCAGAGCAGUGUUAACUCAACACUCUGUUACACUGUUCAGAGCAGUGUUAACUCAACACUCUGUGACUCUGUUCAGAGCAGUGUUAACUCAACACUCUGUUACACUGUUCAGAGCAGUGUUAACUCAACACUCUGUAACUCUGUUCAGAGCAGUGUUAACUCAACACUCUGUAACUCUGUUCAGAGCAGUGUUAACUCAACACUCUGUAACACUGUUCAGAGCAUUGUUAACUCAACACUCUGUAACACUGUUCAGAGCAGUGUUAACUCAACACUAUGUUACACCGUUCAGGAGCAGUGUGAACUCAACACUGUGUAACACUGUUCUGAAUGUCAUAUCAGUUAAUUCUGGCUAGAAGGAUUUGUCCAACAAUGUUGAACCUGACAUCUUACAUUUUUUCGGGCCUUCAUCCAAAAAAGUUGAAUAUAGUAUUUGAAUUUUAACUCCUGCACAGCUUAUUGUGAUACAUCGAAAAUCAUUUGAUAUAGACUGUAAAAUGCAUAGUUUUCACAUAUACAUUGUAUGCUCAGUUUUUAUUGUGUGAAAGAACAGUAAUUAAGCCUCAGUUAAGGUCUAAUUUCUUAUAUUUUUUGGUGGUGUAAUUAAUAAGACAGAGUGAAAAGAGCAAUGCAAGCUUUAAAAAAUAAAUUUUAAUUGCCCUUUGCUGGAUUCCUAAAAAGAUAAAUAAAAUUUGUGCUGGUUCUCGGUGCCAAAGAAAGCUGACUAAAAUGAAGAGCCCCUAGCAAAAAUUGUUACUCUAAUUGAUAUGGUGUAAAGUUAUCUGUAUCACUGAACAUUUCACUUAAUCAUUUAGGCUUGUUUAAUUUUUUUUUAAAUUCUGUAUACACACACGUUAUGGAAAUAAGAUUUAAGACUUGACAAGGUGCUUAAAAUGUUUUGAAGUAGGUUCAAGCAUAGUUAAUUUUUGUAGUGUAUUUUGAAUAUGCUGUUAGAACGCUUUAAUAUAACAAUACCUUGUAUUAUCAUAUCACUAUCAACAUCAUUAUCAUCUCUCUCUCUCUCUAUCUAUCUCUCUCUCCCUCUGUCUGCCUCUGUCUGUCUGUCUGCCUCUGUCUCUGUCUGCCUCUGUCUCUGUCUGUCUCUUUCUGGGAUGUAUUUCAGCAUAAACAAUUCAGGAAGAAGCCAAUUUCUCUUGAAAACUCUUAAUAUCCAAAGCAGAUUCCCUAUCUCGAUGUACAGGUGUACUUAUAGUAGCUUACAUGAUCAAUAGCAAAAUCAAUCUAUUAUUUCACCCUUCUCUGUCCUUCUCUAUACUAUUCCUGUGAUGUACAUUUUAAUAAGCAAGCGCAAUUGCCCGAUCAGUGCUGAAAGGGAACAAGUGACAAUUUGCACAAACUUCACAUCUCUUGUAUUAUAGAUUGCUCAAGCAUGACUAUGCCCACACUAUUAUUGUAAGAGGAUUCUUUCAUUGUACAAAGAAAGACGGCGCCUAUUAACACACCAUACUCACUUUUAUCAUUUCUCUCUCUCUUUGUUUUUUUUUAGGCACAUUCUCACAAAUACAUUACAGUGUACUCUGCUGUCUCUUGCUUCCAUUUGAACAAAAGAGGGCAGUAUUGUUUUAAGUGUGACGAUAGUCUUCCAUUGCUUCAAUGCACCUGACAUUGCAUUAUUAUUAUUAUUAUUAUUAUUAUCAUUUAUGUUUUAAGCUAUUAUUAAUUGUUAUUAUUUAGUCCCAUUUUGCUGCCUGCUAUAGGCAAUAGAGUGCUUUUCUUCCAAAUACGAGAUUGUCAUUUUCAUUUCCUGAGAUGCACCAUAGUCAAACAGUAACUAAAGUGUUUGUAGCAGGCAGGUGUUAAAUCCUUUGGUUUGAAAUGAGGAAUAUUCAGCACAAGUGCAGAUGGUGCAUAUACAUUGUAGUUUCAUUGAACUCCAAAUAACUGUACAUGCAGAUGAACAAAUAAGGAAGUGCAUUGUAAUACAAGCCUCAUUGUCACAUUCUUUUCAUAGAUUUUAUUUGAAUAAAAGUGCUAUUAUCGUCUAUUAUUAACUUUGGAAUACUCAAAUAGCCAUAUUUAUUUCUAGGAAGAGUAGAGUAGAGUUAUAUUUUAUAAUAACCCACUUUGUAUCCUUGAUCAAAAUGCAAUAAGUAUCAUAUGGUUUAUAGUAAAGGCACAUAUUAAAAUUGAAAUGUUUGUCAAUAGAUGUUAAAUCGAAUGAAAAAUCUAAAUAUGUAAUAGUUCUAACAGACGAAUCACAAGUAAAUAAAACAAAUUUUCCAUUCAUGAGAGUUUUCAUUUCUUUUGGUUGAUGACAGUACCAAGUUGUUCUUUUACUUGAAAAAUGAACUGCAGAUAUUCGUCCUUUUGUAUGAAAUGUUUUCAUUUUCUGCCCCAAAACACGAAACCUGUCAUUUAAGUUAAAAAGCGAAUAUAUUGCAAACUUCACUGCUAAUCAAAGUCUGUUGAAGUUUAAUGUAAUUGACCAAAAUGCUGAACAUGAAUAAAAAUUUCACUGUGAACAAGCUGCAAUUCAGUUCUCCUCUAUAAAUUCAGCUUACAUGUUUAUACCAAUUGUAAAUAUUAUUGUACAACAAUUAAGUGCAAAAUAAAAGUAGUCAAACAGAAGGCAAUAAUUCUAGAUUAUCGUAACAAUUUCCCCACCUUUGCUAGACCUGUGUAAAAUGAUUAUUAAAAUCACAAUUCAUUCAUGAUUGCUAAUAUGUUUAGUGCAAACCAACCAAGUAGAAUCUGUUAUUUCCUCUGUUAUAAGAGUACAUCAAUUAUUAUUUGUGAGAGUCAGAGGAACGUAAAAGCCACAUGGACUUGUUUCCUUUUGCCUUUAAACAGUUACAUUCAAACCAGUAGAGGCUCCUUGUCUUUAGUGAAAGGGGAAAGCGGUCUUUAUAGACAGGUGGUUGUUAAAGCAAGUUUGCUUUGACUCGAAGGACUGCUGUCAAAAGUAAACCAGAAUUAACUUUACAGACAGGUGGUCUUGGUAUAAACCUGCUUGAUUACUUCAGAGUUUGAUUGUAACAGUGCAUUUGAUGUCUCUAAAGCAUUUGGUGUGCAUAGGGUUUUUAUUUUUGUAAUGAAUUAUUUGUUUAAGCUGCAAAAAGACCUUGCUUAAUUAGUGCCUAGUAAAAUCUAGUUUAAAUCUGCCAUGAUUGGAGUUAACCCCCUUCUUGCAGUAAAUGAGCAUUAUUUCAUUAAUUGUGUUAUGAUCCCCCUCAUAAUUUUUGUUUAUUCAAUAACUGCAUUUCAUCCAUAAUAAAGCUGUGUGUAUUUGUGUGUUAGUAUGUCUGCUCAGAGCCAAAGGGCCUUUAAGUCUUUCUUUACAUAGACGUAAUAGCACCCUUCUGGCGCUCAAUAGUUUAUCUGGACAUUGCUAGAGGAGAUGAAGUGAAAACAGCACCUUGGAGAAAUGCAUGUAUUCUUCAUCAAAAUAAACUGCAAAUAUAUCGGUAAUUCAUUAUUUCCUUGCUUGGACAUGGAUGUAGAAAUCAGUUAGAAUCUUCUUAUUCUGUUUUGGGCUUAUUGGCGAUUAGUCAUUUGUGACUAUUGUUGCCAGACUCUAUGGUAUCUGUGAAAGUGUACUAAGAAAAGACCUAUAAGUGUACUGAAGUAUAAAGAUUGAUCCACUUUUGUUUUCAGUUCAGUUAUGUUUCAGUUGUCGAUCCUUCACAAAUAUUUAACAGUUUAGCGCUUUUCUAGAAAAUGUUUCACUUCAUCAAAUGUCCAAUGACUACAAUAAAAGACCCAUAUUCUACUAAAAGUCAAACUGCUGGGUGUAGGUUUUUGUUCAAAAUCAGGUUUAACAAAGAAAGAUAGUUUGAGGACUAAGUUUCCCUUUUAUCAAAUGUGAUAUUAGACCCAGGUUUGGGUUUACCGCAUUAAUAGAAUAUGAACUAGAUCGAAAGCUCUCGUUUAUGAGGCAUAAUAUUGAUUGAAAAAGCAUCAAUGAUACAUUCGUCCUAUCAUGAGAAUAUUUAGAUCAUUAGAUAACUACAUCAUAGUUCAGGUGCAGUAUGUAAAUCAUAAGCUUUGAACCUUAUGAAUAUUCAUUAGGAGUGAUACUAAUUAUGUCAUUCAAACUAUGUACAUGUAUUUCUUUCCAUAGUAGCUGUAUCCAUAUCAAAAUUAUGAUCAUUGUUUAUUACCUUAAAAAAAUAAAUCAACUCUAAUACGUUUGAAAUAUUCUAGCUUUUCCUACAUGAAAGGGCAUCACUUUGAUCCUGUCUAAUAAACUGAGUACAUUAUCAUUAUUUCCCCAGAGUUGCAGAGGAAAGCUUUAAUUAGCAAUGAUAUAAAAACUUGAAAAGCAUUAAAGCAAAAUUUGAUUAGUUAUGCAGUUGAUUAGAAUGAGCAGAUAUCUUUUCAUUUUCUUUGCUCUUUUGAAGACAAAGUGUAUGUAGUAUAUAUGUGGCGAUUGCCCAUUGGUUUGCAGAUUCAGUACACCUUGUUUAUAUUCAGGACAUCCAAGUAGACAGACAACCUAUGAGACUGACAAAGAUAUGAAAAUUUGUUCUCCACAAUCGGUAGAAAAAUGAAAAGCUUUCACAGUCAGUUUUGUGUGCUUCCUGUGUCGUGGGCUAUUUGUCUCUUGGGUUGUAGCCAUUUAGAUCAUCAACAUUAAACUUUAUAUUCUGACAGCAAUCUUUUAUGUUCAUGACUCUUUGACUUAGAAUCAGAUAUUUGAACAAAUGGGCAGUCACCAUAUUUACAGGUACAUGGUAUACAUCAAGUGAUUGGUAUUUCGAGGCUUCCUUCUCUUUUCAUACCUUCAGAAAUUCUCCUUCUUCAGGUAUUCAGUCAGCUUGACUCUAUGAUUUAAGCUGAGGUAUGCGCUUUGAGUUUCACUUGAGUAUAAAUAAGCAUACAUCAGAAAUUUGUUGAAUUUAUUAUAAUAGUUUGUGAAUUUACUAAUGUAUGAUAAAUUAUGUAUCUUUAAAAGGCUUGCUUCGGAUAGCGUAUCGAAGCGGAAGCGAAAAAAAUUUGCAAAUAAAUAAUGAAAUGAAUUCAUUGAAAUGAAAUUUA